CGGGGACGCCCUAGGCGGCGGCCAAUGAGGAGCGGCGGCACGCCGGCAGGGCACGUGGCCAAUGGGGAGCGCUGUUACGUGGCUGCUGGCCGGCGGGCUGGGACCGCUCUCUCUGCUGCGGGAUCCGUGGUGCCUGCUCGAGCGGCAGCCGCGCGGCGCCCUCCUGGGCGGGAGAUGGAGACUCUCAGGAGCUGUGUGUGUACCAGGUCUGGUGGUGGUUUGGGAGUGGGUACCUGUGGGGAGGACAGUUUCCUGUAUUUUGCUUAUGGCAGUAACCUGCUUCGGGAGAGGAUCCUGCUAAAAAACCCAUCUGCCACUUUCUAUGCUGUAGCCAACUUGCAGGAUUUUAAACUCGUUUUCGGCAAUCAUCAAGGCAAACCAAGUUCUUACUGGCAUGGAAGUACAGCUACCAUUGUUCAAAGCCCUGGAGAUGAAGUGUGGGGAGUAGUAUGGAAAAUGAACACUAGCGAUUUAAAUUCGCUGGAUAAGCAAGAAGGAGUUGAAGAUGGUAUUUACAUUCCAAUAGAAGUUAACCUUCCAACGCAAGAGGGAAAAGUACUGACCUGUCGAAGUUAUCAGAUGAAUGAUUGUGUUUGUGAUCUCCCAUCACCACAGUAUAAAAAGGUCAUCUGUAUGGGUGCAAAACAGAAUGGCUUGCCAACUGCCUAUCAGAAGAAAUUAGAAGCUAUAGAAACGAACAACUAUGCAGGACCAGUAUCAGUCUUUGAAGAAAUUGAAGCUGCUAUUAAAGAGAAGGAAACAACAACUCAGUAGAAAAGUAUCCCCAAAAUAUUUCCAGUUCCAUUUCCUUGCCUGAUUUAAUUCUAUGGCCUGUGUUAUACAGGAGGUCAGAUUAGAUUAUCACAGUGGUCCUUUCUUGUCUUGGAAUAUACGAAUUUUUCAUUUUGAUUUAGGCAUCUGUCUUCUCGUUAUACUGAUAGCAAUAAUUUCCUUCUUUGAUAAAGAAGGGCAAACUUGACACAUUUGUGUAGUUCAGUAAGGUAUUGGAUUGAAUAUGCAAUUUAAAGUCCUGUUCUUGCAAAGACCUAUGUAUAUGGUUAAAUGUAUGUAUCACAUCUAAAGUUAAGCAUGUGUAAAUCUUUGCAAAGUUAAACUUAACUUUCUGUAGUUCUCAUACAGUGCUGGCAAAGUUCAUAUAGUUCUUUAAUGCAUCUAUAAGCAGAAAGAACUAAAGAGAAAAGCCAGCUUGAUAGUCAUUUGCACAUGCUACUGUGUUCUAGGAUUAAGAGUUGCAGGAUCAAGCUACAGUUCUCCAAGCAGGUUUAAAAAAACUUUUUUUCCAAAUGUACAUAAAGUUCAUUGGGAUGCAAAGCUGGGAAUUAAGCUGAUACCAAUUUGGAUUUUUACAUAUCUAACUUCUGUAGCAGGGGUGCUGAGAGCCAUUGAACCAAACUGUAAACCCUGUAUAUAAUGGAAACUUCUUCAAGCUGAGGCAUGCGGAAGCACCCCUUGCACCACUAGUUCCAGCACCUAUGUUCUGUAGAGCAAGAUUUUUUUUUUUUCUUUGUCCAGGAGGUGUAUCCAUUUGAUUUUAAAAGUUAAUCAUUGGCUACUCUUUACCUUUUAGCUGUGCAAUCACCCCCUGUGUACCAAUAUGUCAUGCCACUGGAUACUGGUCACUUAAAAGCCAGUUUAACCAAGAAAAGAAAGGAAUUUAAAACACAAAUAUUUUCCAACACAUGCCCUUAAGGAAGUUACCAGUGAAGGACAGCAUCCUACCUGUAAUGGUGUACUAUUUUGUGGUAUUGCUAGGAGUGGAUGAACCAAGUCAGAUAAAAUAACUCUCCUGAAUGGAUUUUUUUAAAAAUUCUAAAGAGUUGGCUAACUACUUAAUUUUUUUCUUUAAAUCAUCGAAUGCCUUGAACUUCCUGACUUCUGCAGGAAGCAGACCUAAGGCUUGAUGAAAGCCCAUAGGAAUCUUUUCAUUCACCUCACUGGGUUUGGAUCAGGCCCCAAUAAAGAAACACUGAAGUCUCUCUGAAUUGUAGCUGCAGCUUAGCUGGAAUCAGAAUAUUGUAAGUCUUGCACAAGUUCCUAACCUUGUGAUGCUUUCAGAUUAAAUUGAAUGAUUACUUCUGGGGAGAGGGGGCAAUUGAACAACUUUGGGAAACACAACAACUGAAUAUUUUUUCUUUUGUAUUUAAGAUCUGUAUGCAAAGAAUUUGUCCUUGAUAUAAAGGGGAUAUGAGUUAUCUUCAAAGUUACUAUGUGAUUGAUUAUGACAUCUGACAGUAUGCACACAGGAACUGAUAAUUGACCUUGUCUUCCCCUCAUAAACUUUCAUAUUGGACACGUGCCAUAGCAGUGCACUUCACAUCCGCAUGUCAUGUGAACAUCUCCAAAGUUUAUGCAUUUCAUUUGGGCCCCAUCUAAUUCCCAUGUUCUCUGUGUGUAAAAUAUAAAUAUGUAUGCACUGAAAGUUGGAGUAAAUAAAAAAGAUUGCAGUUGCCAGAUUACUUCUGUGUCUAUACAGUGCACAGAAAAUGAAAAUUCCUCUUGAUUCAAGAAUGCUCAGUGUAGCUUGUGUAGGCUAAAGCUGUUUGCAUGAAUGCGUAAGUGAAAGUUGCCAUAUUGGGCAUUGUUUUUUAAUGCAACUGUAAAUUAAUCUCUGUGCACUCUGUUUUUUAAAUAAAGAUUCUUCAUAACUGUAAGAA